GCAACGCCGAGCGCAAACCGUCCGUCGAGUUUGGUUGCGAGGUAUUCGACUCCGGGACAUUCACGUGUUUCCUCUCCCCGUGUUGACUCCGCCUGCCGUCUUUAAAUCCGCAGUCGUGGACGAACAAUGCGCCUGGCGGCUCUCCUGAGCGCAACAAUUAUUCUCUCGCUCGCCGCGCGACCGGCAAGCUCAAAAUCCUGGCGCGUCAAGACGAAACAAGUGUCGCCCGUUAUCUUAGGGCGCAAAACGCGGCACUGAAGUGCUUUGUACGCAAUUCUCUUAUCGUAAUGUCGUAGAACUUCGAAGAUAUCAACUUAUCUCGAGACGUUGCGAAAAGCGCGUUUACUCACAAAGGAAAAUGAUAUUCCAGUUCCAGGUAAUGGCGGCAGUCAGGUCGAGGCUAAGCUCAACAAGACGUCGGUGGUGCAUUACAUCUGUGAAAAAGUAUCCAACGAUUAUUUCAGCCUAUGGCUGAACAUGGAACUGCUCGUACCUGUCGUGAUAGACUGUUUUAUCGAUAAUCUCAAAUUAAAUUAUGAUAAUGUAACGAGAACCUCUAGUAAUCAGCCUGGUGUAGAGACAAGGAUACCAGGAUGGGGCAAUCCGCUUGUAGUCGAAUACAUAGAUCCCAGCAGGGCCUCGCCAGGCUCGUAUUUCAAGGACAUUGGAAAUAUGCUGGUGACCGACUUAGGAUACGUCAGAAACACGUCGUUGCGCGGUGCGCCUUACGAUUUCAGAAAGGGCCCUAGUGAGAGUGAAGAAUUCUUCACUAAGCUGAAAACUCUAGUCGAGAAAACAUAUGUAAUGAAUAAUAAUACACCAGUGACACUACUGGCUCACAGCAUGGGCGGUCCCAUGUCCCUCAUAAUGUUACAACGCCAGAGUCAAAAGUGGAAAGACAAAUACAUAAAUGCCCUAAUCACAAUUGGUGCUGUAUGGGCAGGAUCUGUCAAGGCUAUCAAAGUAUUUGCCAUUGGAGAUGACUUAGGCACAUAUUUUCUUCGUGAAAGUGUAUUAAGAAAUGAACAGAUAACGAAUCCAAGUUUAGGGUGGUUAUUACCAUCAAAACUAUUUUGGAAAGACACAGAGAUUUUGGUGCAGUCAGAUCAGAAAAAUUACACAUUGAAUGAUUUACAACAAUAUUUUAAAGACAUAGACGUCCCUAACGCUUGGGAAUUCAGAAAAGACAGUGAAAAAUAUCAGUUGGAUUUUACAGCACCAGGUGUUGAAGUACAUUGUUUAUACGGCAGCAAAGUGGACACUGUAGAAAAGUUGUAUUAUAAGGGUACAAAUGUAAAUGGUUAUCCUCAAUUAAUAGUUGGAGAUGGUGACGGAACUGUGAAUAUUAGAAGUUUGGAGGCAUGUACACAUUGGCGGAAAUCACAAAACCAAAAAAUUUAUAAUCAAAGUUUUCCUGGAGUGGAUCACACUGAAAUCUUGAGAAAUCCUGACGCUUUAGCAUACAUUAAGAAAGUUCUAACAGUGUAACAUGACUCAUUAGUAUUAAUGACAUGCAAAAAAUGUAACGAUUUAGUUAAUUUAAUUUAAUUUUUUAAAUUAUUUUUUACAUUUUGAUAUAAAUUAAUAUUCGAAAUAUAAAAUAAUUUUAAUAAGAUUAUAUUGAAGAAACGUUUUACUAAUUUAACCAAGUAAUUUACCAAUAUAUAUAAUAAUUUAUUGGCAAAAAAAUACGAGACAAUAUAAUCGAAAAUAUAUUUUUAUUAACUACAAUGUUCAUUAAAAUAUAUCAUUACAUAACACACCAGCAAAUAUCAAUUGGGAAUAUUAUAAAGUGGUGCAGUUACAAAAACAUUUUCUAAAUGUCAAUACUUCCGCUCAUUAACUAACUAUGCUCUCCUAUAAAUAUAAUACUUUAUCUCCUUCUCAUAUGUAUAUUUAUAUAUUCAAUAUAUAUUAUCAAUUUUUACGUAAUGUGAUCUCACGUGAAACAAAGAGCAAUCAAGUUAAAAUGACUAGUGAUAUAUAGUAAUAAUAUUUUACACCCUACAUAUAAAGUGUUUAUAUUGUACAGUAACAUAUUUUUUUAGUGGCUGAUACAGCAUAAUUAGAAUAACAAUGAAAUCCGAGUUUCAUAAUCUACUAGUCAGAAAUCCAUUGUAAAUAUAUAUAUUUACAUCGAUUUAUAAUUGCCAUGAACACUUAUAAUAAUAUAGACUAAUAUUAAAGUCUCAAGAAAUUUGAUAAAAAUAUUUCCUUAGGAAAUAUUGAUAAACAAGUCAAAUUUCUUAAGUGAACUUCACAAGUUUUUUUUGGUAAUAUCCAGAUAUAACCUCUUGUAUCUCUUUUGGUAUAAAUAAAUUUAUAAAUACGUAUAUGGACUUAUAUAUGUAAUAUACAUAUGUAAUAAACACUUAUAGGAGCAUAUUAAAA